AUGACUCCGGAACAACACGAGCGUGCCCAGCGCCUCAAAGCCGUUCAACUUUUGGGCCGCGUCUAUGUCGGUGGCAUCCCGUUUGACGCUGGUGAACAGGAGAUUGCCGAGGCUUUUCGCCCCUUUGGCGCCAUUCAACAGUGUGCUUUCACCUAUGACCAAGCGCUCAACAAGCACAAGGGCUUUUGCUUCGUCGAGUACGAUGCACCCGAGGCUGCCCUGCUGGCCCUAGAGCAGAUGACUAGCUAUAACAUCAAGGGUCGCACCCUCAAAAUCGGCCGCCCCAACAAUGCACCCCAGGCCCUGCCGUAUCUGGAAACCCUGGCGGCCAAGGCGGCCGAGGCCCAUCGCAUCUACGUGUCCUCCAUUCAUCCCGACCUGGGUGAGCUCGAGAUUAAGAGUGUGUUCGAAUCCUUUGGGCCCGUCACGCGCGUCAUUCUGGCACCCGGCGCCGAGGGCAAGGGCAACCAUCGUGGCUACGGAUGGGUCGACUUUGAGGAGCAAAAGUCCGUGCCCGAUGCCAUCAAGAGCAUGAACCUCUUUGACCUUGGUGGCCAAUUUCUCCGUGUUUCCAUUGGCAUCAGGUUUGAUACACGACCUCGGAUGUCUCCCUCGCGCCCUCUCGCUUUUUUGUAUGGCGUUUGGGACACAUCCUCCUCAUGCGCCGCCUGUUUCAUCUUUUUUACCUUGGUGUAG